AUGUGUAUAAAUGUGUAACAUGCCUCUCCAAAGUGUCAGAUUCAAAGUAACAGCGAGAAAUUCCAACCGGAAAAAGAUGGACAAUCUCCUCGACCAAUGGGAGCGCUCCUUUCCAGCCAGCGCGUGCCAAAAAUGGGAGGGUCCAUCUCUGGUAUAGCGUGCCAUUUCCGCAAGUCAAUAAAGGCCACUGGGAAAGGUUAAAGAGGAAGUAAAAGUCAGCUAAACGCACGCGGACGUGGGUGUUAGCCCUUCUACCACCUUUGCAUUUUUACAAACGAACAGUUUUUCUUCAGUCACAUGAUGAUGUGGAGGCCGAACGAAAGCGACACGGACGGCGCCGUUUCUCCUAAGAAAGAAACGUAUUAUUUUCUGGGGGAAAGAACAAGAAGUCGAUAAAACAAAGGUAGAGUAAAGGAAAACAGUAAUAUGCUGAAGCUGAAGGAGGGAUUUGACCUGCACAGAGACGUGGUGCUGGAAAUCCUCAGGAAAGAGGCGUCGGUCUGUCGGAUGACAGAGUACUCUGAAGCGGUGGACGCUCGUCUCCUGAACAUCGAGAGCGAUGGGGGCAUCCUUUAUUCGUGGAAGGGAGCUACAGGCACCACCAGGAUUGGCAAAUACGACCAGAACACCAAACAGAACAAGCUCCUGUACACCUUCGACAAGCAGGUGUGCAUCAGCAGCUGCUCCCUUAACAAGGAGGAGACCCUGCUUGCCGUCAGCCUGGCGCAAAACAUCAGAGGAGAGGAGCGUCUAAAACCAAUUUCAAAGUGUCUAACUCUCCUCAUUGAGAUCCAUCCCAUAAACAACACAAAAGUCCUGAAGGCAGUGGACUGCAGAGUCAAAGUGCAGUUUCUUCAUCAAGAUGGCGACAGGAAGUCGGUGCUGGAGAGCCAUCUGCUGCUGUUUGCCGAGGACGGAUAUGUGGAUCUCUAUCAUGUGCUACUGAGCAAGCAGGAGGGUUACAGAGUGGUAAUGGCAAAUCCCGAGCGUUUGUCCAAAACAGCAGAAAGAAUCGUGGAGGAUUUCUGCUGGGUCCAGUGGGACGGACACACUCAAAGACUCCACUAUCUCACGUUCAAGGACAAGUAUCUGCUGCGGUGUGUUCAGUUCCACCCCAACAAUAACUGUGAAACUGUGCUGGAGCUUCACUUGAAUCUGCCGGCUAAUUCUUUCCCCACAGUCAAGUUUGUGAAUCUCGGCUUUGACCACUAUCACGAUGAAAAACCCAGUCGGGAGCUUGUUAGGAUGAGAGUGUUCACAAACCCAAUAGAAAGAAGCUUGUGUGUGUUCUACAGCCAACCCCUGAAAGACAAAAAGGAGCUGAUAUACACUGUGGUUUUGGUUCACAAAGACUGCACCAAGAGGUUCAGAGUGGAUCUGGCCAGCGACGGGUCUUCACAGAACUCCCAGCAGCCUCAUCCUCUCUUCAUUCCCAUAGGUUACUACGUCCUGGUGUAUCUGCAGGGACAUUUUCUCCACUGCAUCAACACCCGCCAACAGGAGAUGCUCUGCUAUUCCCUCUUUUUCUCCGGUCAUGAUGUGAACUCAGGGCUGCAGUGUCAGUCAGCUGAUAUCGCAGUGCUGCAUGCAGAGGGACGGCCUACCUGUCUGCUGGAGCUCGUCAGCGGGAAGAUCAACGCUGUCCAGCUCAGCUCUGACUUCCUGCUGCAGAUCCUGCGAUCAGACACAUGUUCCAGGUGGCCCGGCAGUGCGGCUGACCCUCAACGCCUGGCUGCCCUCCACUGCCUGCUGGUUUACAUGGGAAACGACCCAAAACUGGAGCUGAAGAUUAUGUCGUGGGUGUGCGACAACGUGAACACAAUUGAAUCCUUUGAUCUGAUCCAGGAGUUCAUUCUAGCCUCUUGGUACAGAAUAGGUUAUAACAGGUUUCUUGGCUUGGAUAAAGUCUUGCCUUUCUCUUCUAUUUUUGAAAAGAAGGAGGUCCCAGGUUGUCUGUUGGAUGUCCCUUGUGUUUGUUGCACCAAUGGAUUCCACGCCGAACCUGUUUUUAAAGGGAAGACCAGGGGCCUUCUCAAUUUCUGGUCAGAGCUGCAGUGCAACACGGAAAGGACUAAAAGUCUAGAUGCUCUGAUGCACUCCAGAUACAGAACCUCCCACAUUCAGGCCGAAUGGGAUAAACUGAAAUCUGAGAAAAAACCCUCCAGUCACAUGGAUCACAUGGAGGAGAAUGCAAAGAAAGUUCUCUCUAUGGUGGACACCUGGUGUCUCGAGAAGAAGCUGGUGCCACUUUUUCAGGAGGAAGACCAUCAGCAAAGGCUGCUCAUAGGCCUGACGGUUGACAAACUUCGAGAGCACAUCAACAGACACCUGCCUCGACUGGGGAAGAAGAAGAUUGACUCGCUGGUUAUCAACUAUGUAGCCAAACUGUUGGAGCUCAUCCGUCAGAUGUUGGAGUCCGCCUGGGCCAAAUACAAACUGGGCUCCCGAGUUCUGUGCCUCAUGCAGCAGGGCAGCCCGGCUGAGUGGUCCGUGUUUCAUUUCAUGUGUCGGAUCCUGGAGUCCACGCGUGGCCUCUGCCUGCCCCUCCCACCUGGCUAUCACACCCUGUUUGCUGUGUUUGCUAUCCGCUGCCUCCCUCACAACACCUUCCUGCAGUACAUUGAUCACGGUUUUCUGCAGCUCACUGAAACCUUCGCGUCCCGCCUCAUGACAGAUUUGGACAACAGCAAAGCCAACGAGAGACUGAAGUUCAGCAUACUGAAGAGACUACCGGAGGUCGUGGAGCAGAGGGUCUACCACAUGUGGGAUCAUCCCGUCAGCUCCGCCUCCAUUUCCAGAGAUUAUGUCAGGGGUCUGCUGGAGAAACACAACAAAUAUAAGGGAAUUGCUGCUGCUGGCAGAGAAAAGCCUGGCUUCAGACACGAGUUCCUGCCUCUUACCUACCUGGCAAAUACACUCUCUGAUAUUGAGGCGCAAGCAGCUCCGAACCCGUUCGAGGAGCAGGAGAACGUGGAUGCCAGGUUUGUGGAGGAGACGGCUCUGAUGCAGACGCUCAUCCUGCUGGGCUUAGAGAAAAAAUGAGGGCUGGCGAAGAGCGCAGAGGAGAGACGGGCGAUCGGGGGGUCGUCUCCGCCAGGAGGCUUUAAGGACAAGUGGAGCUGAUGGAUGACUACCAGUUCAGAUGCAGAGUAAACAAGCUCUUGCUGUCCGAUGACAAAUGAGGGCGGGGGACUUAGUCUGCUCUUCAGGAAAAAAAAAAAAAAAUCGAAGCCUAAGAGGCGCGGGAAUGUAUGUGUUAACCGAAAGCAGGAAAUUCAUCUGGAAACAUCAAAUCAAUAAGUGCAGGCAGCUAACUCAUUGCAGCAACAGUUUUUUUCCUGGAAGCCACCCUCACCUGUUGAAAAAAACACAAAACCAUCAGGCUGAACGCUUCCAUUCAGGUCCCAUCAGGCUUUAAAGUCAUCCAAUCAGAACAAAAUCAGGGACGUUUUGAGGACAAAUGGGGACGGAGGUUGAGUCCGGGUCACAUUCACUCCUACGGAUGCUGUGGGUUCUGGGUUGUCCGGACCCAUGAAGAGCCGUAGACAGGAGUCUUGAGGGGAGCGCCCUAAAAGCUCAUGCGACCACUUUACCCCUUGUGCUAUCUUGUGGGGUCCAGAUGACCCCACCCUUACAUUGACGUGUUCUCCCUACCAUGACAAAGGUGGAUAGGAUUUCACUGUCUUGUGGGGUCAUCUGAACAAGGGUCGAUGCACAAGGGUUAAGGACUGACAUAAAAAUGGAACGUACCAUUGUUGUGUGUGUGAUUAGUGCAUCAUCAAUUGUUUGUAUGGUUAAUGUAGGUGCGUCACACCCAGGUUGUUCUUGUAAAUUAGAACAUGUUCUUAAUAGCUUACCUGGUUUAAUAAAAGGUAGUUAAAAUAUCACAUGAACAGCACUAACAGGGCCCUUACACAGCGUCCAGUGGGGUUGAAAAAAAACGGUACGACACGAUUGCGUCUCACCUUCCCUUGCGUGCUGUUGGAGUGUCCACGACGACCUGUCCCCCGCAGCAUGCCCGUAGAAAAGAUGUGCACAAACAUUUUUUUUGCUCUACGGGCUCGCCGAUGGAUCGGCCCAUAAUUUGGAUAUUCCCCAACGGGUUUCUACCGCGUGCCCCCCACAGGUUUGACCAUUUUGUGCCCACAAACAGCUCGAAUCAGCCCGUUAGGGCACUUGUGACUAAGGCCUAACCACAUAAAGAUUGUCUAUGUGUAUAUUAGAUGUGUAAUUAUAUUUGUCCCACUAAAAUUGAACUCCAAAACCAGGAAAUACGUUUUUCUCAGAAACAGCUUUUUAAAAGAGUUUUUUCCCCCCUUUUUCUGUAGAGCACAGGACAGCAGAGCUUUACUGUUACCAAUUAAUUUGCUUCAGAGCAGCUGUGGAGCCCCAAGAUAAAUCGGGGAACCAUCCCAGCCCCCAUUGAUGUAAUUAAGAGGGCGAGGGGCAGAACAGAGGCAGGAGUGAGCUGUUCUGUUCUUGAGAACAGCUAAAAGUCCGGGACUUUUCUUUUUUUUUAACCUCUAUUACUGAAGGAUGAACAAAUCACUCAUUUCCCGGAUGAUUGCCUCCCCCACACCCAGUUAUGCAGUCAGUUAUGGAGCUGUCUAACAGUCGGGGGGGGGUCAUCUGGAAGCUGGCAGCAGCAGCAAUGGAGGAUCACACACAUCCCGCCUGCGGGUUUCCUCCUAAGACGCGUCCGUCAGACGAGCACCGUUUCCGCCUGAGCUGGACAUCCAGACGUCUUUCAGCCAUUUAUCCAAAACUUUCAUUUGACUCACUCAACUAAAUUGUGUGCGUGCCACAUGCUGGGAGGAUCACAUGUUGGUUAGAAUUUUUUUCUUCAAAGGGAAUGGACUGGUUUUCAGUCACAAGUUAGCAUCUCUGAACUCUCCAGCCAAUUUACAGCUUCUCUUUAAUCCCUUUGCCUUUUUUUCCCUUCUCACUGCCACUGGCUUCAUUUCCAUUUCCUCUCGUCAUUCUUUAUGCUCUUUCGUUACCCAAGCUUUCCCUCUUCUGGAUCAAUCACUCAAAGCAUUAAACAACCCCCCCCCCCCCCCCCACCUGUUUAUUCAAAGAUUUAAAAACCUUUGAAGAGGGGGAGCACAAACAAGGAAUAUUUCAGCAUCCCGGAAAAAUCAAUUCAUCUAUAAGAGAGAAGGAGUCCGAGCGGCUGGAGGUGGGUUGCCAGGCACUGAAAUUAACGGGAAACUUGUGAACAUUAUGCAACCAACCCCCCCCCCCCCGGUUCCCUCGGCUGUGUCUCACUGGCAGGGUGCGGUGUAACUGCUGGAUGAGUGGAAACAUUGCCGGUAAAUUUGACAGAAAAAAGGGAAACAAGUUGGACCAGAUGUGAGGUUGCAAGGAUGCAAAGCAGGGAGGACGCAGCAAUUAGAAGAGAACUCAGUGUAGCAGACAUUUCUCUUUUUUUAUGUUUUUAACUUCUAAUGAGUUCUGAGCUGACGUAGAAUUUCAAAGCAAGCACCUCCCCGUCACGUGGAAGCAUGUGGCGUCUUUGCAAAGUGUCUCAUGUUGGCCCCGGGUUGGGACGGCUUGAAAGGGGCCAUGGCGCCGUACGGUUUGGGCAGAGGAAGCGUGUCGUUCUCGGGGAUGUAGGCGUUGGGCCGGAUGUUGGCGGUGGUGCGUUUCCCGCUCUGCAGAUGCCUCCACUUGUCUUCGCCGGCGAGCUGUGGACAUAGAAGAAGCAGGUCACUGGAACCUGCGUUACCUGCGAAUAACCGAAGCUGCUUUUCUCCACGUCAGAGUCCGCUGAUUCAUCUGAUCAGCAUAAAAGGUUGAAUAGUGUUAAAGGGUUAAAGUUAGAAAAACUCUAAAUAAGUUUACCAUUUAUUUAGAUGUUAAAGGCCGCAAGUAUCAUUUGUUAUCGUUAAAUCAUUUGAAGUUUUAACAUGCUUAAUUAAAACUACAAGUCAUCCAUCUCUUGGUCCUUUUGUUUUUAAAGCUGCUUCAUACAGGAAGUUGGUGACUCUUAAUUUGAAAGUGUUUCUCCUGCAAAGUCAUAUUAAAAUCUGUAAACUUGAUUGCUUUUUUUUUUUAACCCAAAUUUUGAUGCUAAAAGUUGGUUUAGCUUCUUUUACAGCAACAUUACAGACAAUAAUAAUCAGUCUUACUUCCCAAACUUAGGGGUUACCUUUACUGAGUCUCUAAACUAGUCUUCCUUUUCCACAACUGCUUCAAAAUCUUAAGAAAUAAAACUCCUAAAAAGGUAAAUAAACCUCCUUAAUGCAAUGACAUCACUGGCAUUCUCUUUAAGUUUAGGGUCUAUUUCCACUUUGGAGGAGAACACUCUGUUUAAUAAAGCACAAACUCGCUCUACAGAACGCCGACAGUUGUGUGCGGGAUUGAUUGGCGCUGUGGCGUGGGAGAUGGAUCAGCGGGUAACCAUGGGGGACGGUUGCACAUUUCCUCCUGCCAUUGCCGUUGACUGUCACUCCCACAACAGCAUGCAGACGAACUGUGGCCAAACCCCUCGCCGAGGCUUCAAAGAGACGGCGGCGCUCUGGUGCAUAUGGGCUGUUCCCCCCCCCGCUGGCGUGCGAUCUGAGGGGCGCGGCCGAGACAACUGGAGGGUGUGUGUGUGGUUUGAAUGUUAAACGGAGGAGUGGAAGGGACUGACCAGUCUAAUGAGGUCUAACAAUGGAAUGGAGGUUUUUGUGUCACCGCAGAUUGAAAGGACGAGCGUUUCUUCCUGUUUGAGUUUUCUGGAGUUGGAGCGUUGCUGUGUCAGCUGGGAUGGAAACAGGAGGAAGAAUGUGAAGACACAUUUCUGUUCUGCAACAGACGGGCUGAAGACACGUCUUAGAAUUCCUGUUUGUGCCAUUUUCCUUGUUGUUUUUCCCCUCUUCUGCCAAUCAUCUCCAGUGUGCAGGUGUUGAAAAUAGUUCAUUUCAAGGCCGUUACAGUUUUCACAGCAUCUUCCUCAGAACCCCAGUCGAUCUUGCUCCUCAAAUAUCCCAAAUUCUUUUGUUUUUACCUUCUCCUUCUCUUCUUUGUCCUUCUGUCUCCUCCUUUUGUCCCGGAGCCUCCUCUUCCACUCCUCCUCUAUUUCGGGAUGUGGUGACAAGCCCUGCUCCAGCCGACGCUGGCACUGCUCCAUCUGGAAACACAGCAAAAGGAUCGAUCACUUUGUAUUCCUUUCCCUCCGUGGCUCCAUUCAGAGCCAGAUGGUCGGGUUCCUGUCGAAACGAACAUUCACAGUCGCAGACGGACAGCAGCUCCUGACACUCCCUGAAUACUGUGACUGCAUGUGGAUUCAGAAUCCUCACACAUCUGCAGUUUCUGACAACAACAAAACCCUGUAGGUUCACCCAGAUCAGAAAAACGGCAACAAACUCCAACUGCAUGGAAGCAGAGACACGCCCCAAGGUUCAAGCACGGCGGCAGAAGAGGAAUGGUUGGGGAUAGUUUGAGCGAAUGGAAGGAUACCUGUCCACCUGACGAGAAAGCAGAACAUGUGAGAAGAAGAAAAAUGAUUGCUGUAUUUCGUUUUUAAACUAAAGAAUCCACAUUAGUUGGUGUUAAUUUUUCGGUUAUAUAUUUUUCUUUUUGUUUAUUGUUUUGAGAGAGGAGAACGGAAGUAAUAAAUAAGUAAUAAGGGUAAAAAUAUAACUUUCUUCUUUCAGUUCUCCUUUUAUUUCCACAAUAAAGGUUUGCCUGUAUUGUUUUGAUUUUGUAAUUGUUCUGAGGUAAAUAAGUAAACAAAUAAUGCUAUGUAGUAGAUCAAGAAUAAAACGAAAAUCCUUUGCUCAGAUUGUCAAUAUUUUUGUGCUAAAAGUUGCAUUUGAGAUCUCUAACUGGUUAUGAUACUUUAUUAAUUCAUAAUAAAUCUCUUUUAUUUCUGUUCU